CUGUCAGCAGUAGGUUGUCACCAUUCAGGCAAGCUCUGAGACAGGAUUCAUCUUAUUCAGAUACUGAAGCUGGACAUCUUUUGGACCAUCCUGAAACACACAUUACUUCUUCCUUGCAUCUGGUGCAUGCUCACAGCCUGCAUGCUGCCUCUCAGGAUGUUAGGCCUCCUCCUGCUCAUGCUUUCACUGUGUGAUGCACACAGCAUAUGCCCCGAUGAGCUCAACCCUCUCACUCUGGAUGUGCCCAAGGUCAUAAUGAACUAUGGAGAGUCAGUGGAGGUAAACUGCUCCAGCACAGAGGAGGAUCAUGAUGGGAUAUACUGGAGAAUUGGAAACAAGGACUCUGAACAUCUACAGGACAGUUUUAUCUCCCAGUCAGUUUCACUAUCUGAAUGGAAUGUAACAGCAGAAUGCAAAAUAAAUCUGAAUGAAACUCAUGAAUGCAGCAAACAACUUGAAAUCACCAUAUACCAGAAUCCAACGGUCAAUGUGUUUUCGAUAAAUACUGCUGUGGAGGGGAAACUGUACGGGCUGCAGUGUGAUAUAGGAGAUGUUGCACCAGUUCAAAAGCUCAAAGUGACAUGGUACAAAAAUAAUCAAACAAUCCGGAUAGAGAAUUUCACCAACACAACCAAAACACCAGUAAGUGAGUCCUCUACUUUGUCAGUCGACAUCAGCAGGGCAGACAAUGGAGCUGAGUUCAGAUGUGAGGCUCAACUUGACUUUGGGCAACAUGGACCACAACUUCCUGUUCAUUCAGACAAACUCAUCGUUUCUGUGGAGUAUGCUCCUGAAUUUAAGAACACAACAGAGCAUGUCGUUGUGUAUGAGGGUGAGAAUGUGACCCUGAACUGUGACGCUGAGGGGCAACCCAAGCCCACCUUUCAUUGGACACAUGAUGGCAAGAAGUUAUCUGAUACUAAGGAUCUCAACAUCAUUAGAGUAAACACCAACACAAAGUACAACUGCUCAGCGAAAAAUUAUCUUGGAAACAUAACUAAGGAAUUCCAUGUAUAUGUAUCACCAAGGAACAUCCAACGAGCCCCUGCAAUCAUAACAACCCCUGAGCCAUCCAAACCUAGAGAUGCACACAGCAUAUGCCCCGAUGAGCUCAACCCUCUCACUCUGGAUGUGCCCAAGGUCAUAAUGAACUAUGGAGAGUCAGUGGAGGUAAACUGCUCCAGCACAGAGGAGGAUCAUGAUGGGAUAUACUGGAGAAUUGGAAACAAGGACUCUGAACAUCUACAGGACAGUUUUAUCUCCCAGUCAGUUUCACUAUCUGAAUGGAAUGUAACAGCAGAAUGCAAAAUAAAUCUGAAUGAAACUCAUGAAUGCAGCAAACAACUUGAAAUCACCAUAUACCAGAAUCCAACGGUCAAUGUGCUUUCGAUAAAUACUGCUGUGGAGGGGAAACUGUACGGGCUGCAGUGUGAUAUAGGAGAUGUUGCACCAGUUCAAAAGCUCAAAGUGACAUGGUACAAAAAUAAUCAAACAAUCCGGAUAGAGAAUUUCACCAACACAACCAAAACACCAGUAAGUGAGUCCUCUACUUUGUCAGUCGACAUCAGCAGGGCAGACAAUGGAGCUGAGUUCAGAUGUGAGGCUCAACUUGACUUUGGGCAAAAUGGACCACAACUUCCUGUUCAUUCAGACAAACUCAUCGUUUCUGUGGAGUAUGCUCCUGAAUUUAAGAACACAACAGAGCAUGUCGUUGUGUAUGAGGGUGAGAAUGUGACCCUGAACUGUGACGCUGAGGGGCAACCCAAGCCCACCUUUCAUUGGACACAUGAUGGCAAGAAGUUAUCUGAUACUAAUGAUCUCAACAUCAUUAGAGUAAACACCAACACAAAGUACAACUGCUCAGCGAAAAAUUAUCUUGGAAACAUAACUAAGGAAUUCCAUGUAUAUGUAUCACCAAGGAACAUCCAACGAGCCCCUGCAAUCAUAACAACCCCUGAGCCAUCCAAACCUAGAGGAUGCCCACUAGUGUUGAAACCUGCGAAAACAGUGGUAAGAUUUGGAGAUCCAGCUUCCAUUAACUGCAGUACAUCAGCUACAGGUAUUAUAUCAGUGGGCUGGGAGGCUACAAGUGGAGCCAGAAUAACUAAUGGUUCUGCUGUCCACUGGAGUGUUGAUAAAGUGGAAGACUGGAACAUAAAUCUUUCUUGCUACCUUAAUUAUGAAGAGAAUGGCAUGGAUCACCAGUGUUCUGUGAAGCCGGACAUCACUGUUUAUAAGACUCCAGACAUUGUAUCACUCUCUGCAGUGAAUCCUGGGCCAGUGAUGGAAGGCACAGAGCACCGGCUGAAAUGUGACAUAAUUAAUGUGACUCCUUCGCAAAAGCUCAAUGUGACCUGGUACCGUGGAACUGACAUUUUGCACAGAGACAUAUUGGAUAAAAUGAGUAUGAACCCAGUAAACAUGUCAUCUAUUUUCAAAUUCACUGCUGAGAGAGAUUACAACGGAGCCAAUUUCAGAUGUGAGGCUGUGCUGAACCUAGGACCAAAUGGACCAGAACUUGUUCAUAUUGUAACCUCAUCACCUUACACGGCUGUGGUGCAAUAUAAACCACUAAUCAAAGACUGUCCAAAUCAUCUCACUGGUGUUGAGCAUGAGUUCAGUUUGGAGAAGUCGCCCUGUCAAGCUGAUGGGAACCCUCUUCCCAUUUUUCUGUGGAAGUAUGAUGGGAAAAUGAUCAAUGCAAAUGAGCCCCUCACCAGGACUCAAUCAGGAAUAUACACAGCAGAAGUUUCAAAUAGCCUUGGCAAAAGCAACACCUCUGUCCAUAUCACAAUUGAAUAUGGCCCCAAAUUUACUUGUAAUGAUCACUAUGAGGUUCAAGUGAAUAGUACGCUCCAGUGUGAACUGGAGGGGAAUCCUAAGCCAGACAUCAAAUGGUUGAAGGACGGAAAAAUGAUGGCUUCCCCCUGGCGCUGGACAAAGUAUGACAGUGGAUAUUACAGCCUAAGCGCAACCAACAAGCAUGGAAACCAAACUCUCAAGCUAUACAUUGAUGUUUUGUUUGCCCCUGAGAUCAAUGAGGGACCUUACAGUAAGGAGGUGAAUCUGCAUGGGAAUGUGACUCUUAACUGCAGUGCUGAGGGCAACCCUCGUCCUAUCGUGUAUUGGAACUACGCCACUGCAGCGAAUGUGUGGAAUACCACCAGAGGGCACAUGAAGAGCAUCAUCAUCACAGGAGCCACGUAUACCAAUGCUGGUGUUUACAUCUGUGUUGCCACGAAUAAAGUUGGGAGUGUGAAAAGUAAUUUCACACUGACAAUGAAAGGUGAAAGAGUAUUUCCCUUGAAAUUCAUUUGGUGGUUGCUGAUUGGAUUGAUCGUCAUCCUCGUUUUUAUUGUCAUUGUCUACAAACGCUGGAAAAAACAUGGACGAUAUAGUUUUAUCCCUCACAAAGACAAUGAUGGUUCAGAUAUCCCAAUGUCUCCUCAGUCUAACGGGGCUAAUGAUAGAGUGUAACAAUACUUCUCAAUUGGUAAGAUGAAGCCAGACGGUUAAUUAACACUUAACCAGAAAAGCUAUUAUGCCAUCUACAUAAUAUGUUUGUAAAUAUUGUUUUUACAUUUAAACUGGUAUGGUACGAGUCUAGGUUUUCAGCUGCAAAAAUAGAUGUACAAAUUAUUAAUUAGUAGCACUAAUAAAAGUGCAACUAACAAAGCAGGUGUAUUAUGACAUUGAUUUUUUUUUUCUUCAAAUUGGUGGAUUUAAUGUAAGUCAAACCUAUUUUUUUUCCUAUUCUUAAUAAACGUACUCAAUAGCCCGUG